AUGGAUCGCUCCUUGAUGAUCCCAUUGGUGGUGGCUGUUUCUGUGGUGGUAGUGACCGUGCUGUACUACCUGCAAAGUUCUGCAGGACAGAAGAAGAAGAAACAGCCCAUCACUCUGCAGGAUUCUACGGUCAAAUAUCCCCUUCCCCUUAUAAGCAAAAAGGAAAUCAGCCAUGACACAAAGAAGUUUCGGUUUGGCCUUCCAUCUGCAACUCAUGUCCUUGGACUGCCAAUAGGUCAGCAUGUGUACCUGUCAGCCAAGGUGAAGGGCAGUCUGGUGGUCAGAGCCUACACUCCAGUCUCCAGUGAUGAAGACCAGGGAUACGUUGACCUCGUGGUCAAGGUGUACUACAAGAACAGCCACCCGUCCUUCCCGGAGGGAGGGAAGAUGUCUCAGCACCUGGACGACAUGGCUAUUGGUGAUACCAUUGACUUCAGAGGACCCAAUGGACUGCUGGUGUAUGAAGGAAAUGGGCAGUUUUCCAUCCGACCAGACAAGAAGUCAGAGGCGAGGGCUCGAAAGUUCAGACACGUUGGAAUGAUCGCUGGUGGAACAGGUAUCACUCCCAUGCUGCAGCUAAUCCGCAGCAUCACAUCAGACCCCACUGACAACACCAAGUGCUCGCUUAUAUUUGCCAACCAGACUGAGAAAGAUAUCCUGCUGAGGGAGGAGCUGGAGGAGGCGAAGAAGAACCAUCCUGACAAAGUUAAAGUGUGGUUCACUCUGGACAAACCUCCACAAGAUUGGAGCUAUAGUUCAGGGUUUGUGACUUAUGACAUGAUCAAGGACCACCUCCCUGCUCCGUCCAGCGAUGUCCUCAUUGUCCUGUGCGGUCCUCCGCCGAUGAUCCAGUACGCCUGUCUGCCAAAUCUGGACAAGCUGGGACACAAAACAGAAAACAUUUUUGCAUAUUAGUGUUCUAAUUAACUACAAAACAGUUUUUUUUCUUCAAUCAGUCUAUCACUAAACCAACUCUAUUAACACUGUUUAUGUCAUACUGUCCAUAAAUUAUGCUUUUCAUUGAAGCAUGAUGAUUUUUGAUGAUUUUUUUAUGUCAGUGACAUGAGAACACCUACGGCAGACCUGUGCCGUACAAUGGGUUUGUAAUUGCCAUCAAAAUUACUCAGGGACGUCACUAUGGGAAUGUCUGGGGCCUCAGAUGUAGUCUUACAGUAAACAGUAUGUCAUCAGACCUGCUAUGUGUGAUUACAUUUUGUACAAGACAACAUUCAUUUUAAUCUCUUUUUUAGGCCAAAGUGUAC